AUGGUGGUCGGCGAGCAGACGGUCCCUCGUGCAGCCGGCCCGCCGGAGGACCUGCCGCGGCUCGAGGCGGCGCUCCGCGAGCUCCGCGCGAGGCAUCCUGGCGCCAUCAUCGACCGGUACCGCGAGAGCCUGCCUUCGGUGGCGGAGAGCGCACUCGUGGCGCCGGGGGCCGCGGUGGUGGGCGACGUCCGCCUCGCCGAGGGCUCCUCAGUCUGGUACGGCUGCGUGCUGCGGGGCGAUCUCAACUACAUCAGCGUGGGCGCAAACUCGAACGUGCAGGACGGGACGGUGGUGCACCUGGGCGACGAGGACCCGACCGUCAUCGGCGAGCACGUCGUCGUCGGCCACCGCGCCGUGCUCCACGGCUGCACCAUCGAGGACCACUGCCUGAUUGGCAUGCAGGCGACCGUGCUCGACGGCGCAGUCAUCGGCCGCGGCUCCAUCGUCGGCGCUGGCGCGAUCGUGAGCGCGGGCACGGUGGUCCCGCCCAACUCGCUCGUGCUGGGCGUGCCCGGCAAGGUGAAGAAGAGCCUGCCGCCCGAAAAGGAGGAGCACCACCGCCUCCUCGCUCAAAAGUACGCGCGGCUCGCUCACAACCACAAGAAUGGCUGA